AAAGGCAGGACGCCACUCUGCAAUUAACUCUGCUCUCCUCAUCUUAUUUAUGCUCAAAGUACUGAAUAAUUGGAGAAGGAUUUAUUUCUGCAGCCAUGGAAAACGCAUUGCUGAUGCGAGUGAGUGUUUUUACCGAUCAGGGAGGCAGGAAAUACAUGGAAGAUGUGACCGAGGUCAUAGUAGAGCCCGAGCCGGGAGAGGAUGAGCCGACCCGGGAUGAGCCAGAAGAGAGCAGUGGGGGAGAGUGUCCGGUCACUUUCCCGGCUGCGAACACGCCUCCAGACCGGGCCGGUGGAGCCGCUGUGUCCCCGCAGGUUUCAGAGGAAUCCUGUGAACCUAAACGAACGGAAGACCAAAGUAUAUCGGUGGAAACAUCUUUACCGAGAGCUCAGAGCCCGCCGCGAGCUCAGCCGAGCAUCGCGAGUCCUUCCCGCCGUUCCGUUGCGUUCUUCGCCGUGUUCGACGGGCACGGGGGUCGCGAGGCUGCGCAGUUUGCACGAGACUAUCUGUGGGAGUUCGUGAAGAAACAGCGGGGGUUCUGGUCAGACUGUGACCGGGAGGUGUGCUCUGCUAUACGCAAAGGAUUCAUAGCCUGUCACCAUGCUAUGUGGAAGAAGCUCCCUGAAUGGCCAAAGACCCUUACAGGCCUACCCAGCACAUCAGGCACCACAGCCAGUAUAGUGGUCAUCAGAGGAAACCGUAUGUAUGUGGCCCAUGUUGGGGAUUCAGCAGUUGUUCUAGGGGUCCAGGACGACCCCUCAGUCCCGUUCAUCAGAGCUGUGGAAGUCACACAAGACCACAAACCUGAACUUCCCAGAGAGAGGGAGCGUAUUGAAGGUCUGGGAGGGAGUGUCAUCAAGAAAUCUGGAGUGAACCGGGUUGUCUGGAAGAGACCGAGGCUGACUCACAAUGGUCCAGUCCGUCGCAGCACUGUCAUUGAUCAGAUACCGUUCUUGGCGGUAGCUCGAGCUCUAGGUGAUCUGUGGAGCUAUGACUUCUAUAGUGGCAAGUUCGUAGUUUCUCCAGAGCCGGACACCAGCGUGGUGACCCUUGACCCCAGAAAACACCGCUACAUCAUCCUGGGCAGCGAUGGUUUGUGGAACAUGGUGCCACCUCAGGAGGCCAUCUCCAUGUGUCAAAACAAUGAUGAGGCAAUGGCUUCGUGUGGGGUAUCAAGUGCGCGGCAGCUGGUCAGCCAUGCUCUGCUGCGGUGGCGCCAGCGCAUGUUGCGCGCAGACAAUACCAGCGCCAUCGUCAUCGCCCUACAGGAACCCGGAACCCCCCAGGACACGCUGCACCAUGAGGAGGUGCUACUGGACCUAGCCAAGGUGUCUCAAUGUGCUCCCACCUCCAUGUCCCGCGCUGACACCCCUCUGCUUCAGCGGCCUCCAGAGGAGGACUCUCCCUCUGCCAUCUGUGAGCUCCUCCCUGCGUUGGAGCGACGGGAUGGUCUUUCAGGGAGCAACAGUCUGUACCACGUGAACCUGUCCGACCCACUUGCUCUGACUCCAUUGUGUCCAAACAGCAGUGCCGAGUCCUCCAGUCAGUCCAGUCCCACACACUGUGUGGCAGUUGGCAGCAGGACACCCAGCAGCAAGAGACUCAUUGACGGAUCAGCCUCACCGUCGUCAGGCCAGUCGGCUAAGAAGGCCCGACGCAGGACUGCUGACAGGCCGCCACUGGCUCAGCACAACGCAGAGAAAAAACAGAAGGAGUCCAGUAACGUCUCCCCUAUUCUCCAGCAGCAUAACAAGACCACAGUGUGUGUGUGCUGAAACACACACACACACACACACACACACACACACACAGACACAGACAGACAUAUCAACGUGCUGCCUCCCACUGUCUGCCUGGUCUCCAGUGGUGUUUCUGUUCCCUCUGUUUGCAGUCAUCUUGCACAUGCUCACAGUAACCAGCCCGGCUGUAAAGACUGUGGACAGACAGGUGGUCCCGCUCUGCACUCGUCCAAUAAUCAUCUGAACAGUUAAGGAGCGCUUACUGUCACAUAACGUUUUGUGUCUUUGUUUUCAAAUAUUUCCUAUGAUGCUGGUUAAAUGUGUCUUACGCCACCUCUUUCUGGUAACAGUUGUAUGAAAUAAGUCUGACUAAUGAUGCUUGUGUAAAUAUGACGCAUUUUAUAGUUGAGUAUUGAGAAAGUCAAACUGAUCAUUUAAAACAAAUAGAUAUUUUUUAUACAUUCUUGUAUUGUUUGAUGAUAAAACAUGUAAAUGUGGCUGAGCUCCAGCACAGCUUUCAUCUGCUCUUCACUCUCUCCAUAUCCCAGUGUGUGCACACUCUGUGUUUAACCAUAUUUAUUUAUCUAUGAUCUCAUCAUUUUAUUUCAUCACUGGAGAUUUGUCUUGAAUAUAAACUGAAGGUGCUGCUACAGUCACGAACCAGUAAGCUACUACAUUGUGUAUAUUAUUGAUAUAUAAAUAUAUGUAAGAAGUGUUUGUAGCCCCCCGCCCUCCAAUGCAUCUUAAGGGAAAGAUAGUCUCUCUUUACCCUUUGAAACCUGGGCAAAUUGGCUUGAUUUCUUUCAAAAACAUCAGGAGGAGGCAAUGAGACACUUGGCCCCCAGAUUCAGCAAGAAGUAAGUAAAAAAGUUACAAGAAAAUUACCUGAAAAUGUUGUUUUUUUUAAAAAAAAACAAAACAAAACAAA